AUGAGAAUGAAUGCAUUUCCUUCACCACAUCUCGAGCACAAAAAUUUAAUUCAUCAUUUCAUGAACAACAAAUCAUCAUCAUCAUCGUCAUCAAAUAAUCAUCAUUUCCACUAUCACUUGUAUCAAUAUCAGACACACAACUGCUGCUUUAAUUUGUUUGACCCCUGCAAAACAUCAUCCACAGUAACGACGGAAGCUUCGAAUGAAAACUUUUCCAGUUUGCCAACACAGUCGAUUAGAAAUUCGUGUCAAACCGCGGACUUCAUGCAGUCAAGAAACACAAAAUAUGAUGAUGAAGAUGAUGAUAAAUUGAAAACAGCGGCAAGCUCAAAGUUCACUGAAAAUUCGUCAUUUUUAAAAGGCUCAGGUUCGGAUAACAAUCAAAGUCGUAUAAAUGAAGCUUCCAGUCCACAAUCUAACUCCAUUGAGAAAGUAAUUGAAGUGAAAUAUUCGAAUGAAAAUUACAAGAAACCUGAAGACGAUCAAGAUAAUUGCAGUUGCACUAAGAAAUAUUUUCCGUACAAAAUCAAUGAGAAGAAUGUUUGGCAAGUUUAUGAGACUAGCGAUUGUAAAUAUAUUCAAUCAAAAUAUGAAGUUGAUGAGAUUUUUCAUCGUCCUGAUUCAAGCGAUGGCAAUCAAACACCAUCCACUUGCAAUCCACUGCUUCAUAGUCGUUCAAACUUUAAUAAUUCAAUCAUUUGUCACACGAUAAAUCACGAAACAGAACACGAUGAGAGUUCACGGGAAAAUGAUAAAAAUGAGUCUGUAAAUAACAGCACGCCUUUCGAUAUAAAUUGCACAGAUGAGAAGACGACAUCGAAAAGUAAGAACUUUGAUAACGAUGAUGGUGACUACUCUGAAGCAGAUUAUUCUUCAGAUGGAACUGUGAUUGAGAAGAAGAGAAGUCCAAAGGUGAAAAGCAAUCAAAGCAGUCCAAAAGAACAUUCAAAAGUCAGACAACCGAGUAGUUUGGUACGACAAGAAAAUAAAAAUGUCGUCAUUCCUAACAUUCAUCAAGGAUGGUCUGUAACUGUCGCUGGCACUCAUCCCGACCUUGCACCAGAUGUCGAAAUGAAAUUGAGUUUUCCUAAAGCGAAAGGUGCGACAUCAACACCUGACAGCAAAAGCGAAAAAAUGAAACAAGAUCAUCCUGAAGUUUUCUAUUAUAAAAAUAAUCAACUUUUGCCGCCUCCAGUUACGAGAGAAAUUCCAACUCAACUGCAAUAUGAAAGAUUUGAACAUAAACCUUAUUACAAUCAUAGAAGAUCAUUGUCAUUGGCAAGAAUUGAUAGUGGAUUAAGUGGUAUGAUCAAGCCAAAAUCUUAUAAACUUCCAAAUCUUCAUGUUCCACGUUCAACAGCAAGAAAUGCUUUUAAAGUUGAAUGUACAACAAUAUCAGCAUCAAAGACUUUCAUACCAAGUCGACGAUCAAUGUCUCUCGAUGUUGGAAAUCGGCGGUUGUCAUUGGAUAGUCGAUCUCAAGCAUCACCAAACACAUCGAGUGACCUGCUAUCUGUUGUUGGAUCUGAAAUAAAGAAAACACUGAAACCUAAAGUGAAGACGAUGAGAAUAUGCACUUAUCAGUUGCAUUAUUUAGUGUCGUUAAAAGAUGUUCCACAAAAUACUUGCGACACAGUGUCAAGCAAGAGGUAA